AUGAGAUCAUCAUCUGAAGUAUCAAGUGAGUACUGAUUUGAUUUUGUAAAAUAUACAUUUUUAUUAGUUAAUGUGUACUGUAUAGAGCUGUUGGAAAUAACUCAUUUGCCAGGUACUUUGUCGUAUGUUCAAAAUUUAAGUAUUAAGUUUAUUUAAGUCACGUGUAGGGUAUUGAAUUGCGGCUAUUGGAGGAAAAAAAAAUAAAGUCAAAACGUCAAAUACUUAAUUUUCUGUCUUGCCAAUGUUCCGUCAUGUCAAUGUCCCAAGAUCAAUUUUUCGAUUUUCUCAUUUACCAAGGUGUUCCGCCGAUAAUUACAGGGUUAGAAUUGCGCGUUUGCGAAUUUGAAAAAUUGUAUUUUCACUGACAUUGUCUGGCUCUCGGGAUCAAAACUAAACUUAAAAAUAUCAGAAAAUGCUAUAGUGGUUUUAUAUUAGUAUAGUGCCAUAAUAAAACAUCAAUCAGAAUUUCGAUAUUUUAAUUUUUAAUACUUUUUAACAUGGCUUUUAUGGUAUAUUUUAGUAAAAAAUUGGAAAAUGUUAAUUCUAAUUGAAGAACUGAAGGUAAGGUAGAAGAAUGGAAAAUGUAUGGGUUAUUUUUCGAGACUUUGUUCCCAAGAGGCAGACUUUCAGGGAUCAAAAUUUUUCUAAGACUGCAAACUGGACUUAACCAGUCACGUCUCUGUGGGAAAUGGAAAAUGAAAAAUGUAAUCUUGGAAAAUUGGCAAAUUAGGGGUACAGAUAUUUUUUUGUAUUUGGUGUUUUUGAUAUUUAUUUUUUUUACCUCAUGAGCCAGACUUCAAUCUAUGCAGAAGCUGUGUGUGAUUAAUGAUUUGUGUACCCAUGGGCUACAAAUCAUAGGCUCAAUUAAAAUAACAUUUUGGAGGCUAACACCCACCUUUGCCCUCACACUAUUUAUAGGCCAAAUAAAUAUACAUUGGAAUUUCAACAAAAUAUAUCCUACAAAUAUGUAGGUAUUAGGUAGUAUUAGGAAUUAAAAGAUAUGGCGAAGUUUAAACCAGGUUAGACAUAUAUUACCUACACAAAUUAUUUGAAUGGCAAUUUUAAAAAUGAAAAAUGUAUGUACUAUCUUUCUGAAUUGUAACCAUGUUAAAAAUACAUGAUGUGUAUUAUUCUUUUAUGUAAACAAAAAUGCAUUAAAUAUUUUGCUUUUCAAUAUAAACAAAUCCUAUCUUAAAUUUUAUCAUAAAAACGAACACAAUCUGUAGUAUCUUGAUUUUAAAUUAAUUGAUUUGUGUAUUUAAUACCUACUGAAUUAAUUCAAUUUAUUUAUUUGAAAUUAUUAAUAAUUAAAUACCUGAACCUACAAUAAAUAAAAAAUAACAUAAGUUCUCUAUAAAGUAAUUUACUUUUAUUUUAAAAUAACAAACUAGAUAUCUACAUAAUAUUAUUGUAAAACGCUGAAAUUAUAAUUAAUAAAUUUAGUAAAAUACUAUACAGUAUAAUAUUGGUAUUAAUUUUUAAAUAUAGUCUAUAAUAGUCUGUAUGAAGAUCAGACUGUUGAGAAAAUUUUCAAUUUCCUGAUAGGUCAAACAGAGCCUGGUCAUGUGUUAUAAAAUUAAUUUUUAAUAAUUACCAUGUGUAUAAUAAGUGUUUGAACAUAUUAAAUGGGAUAUGCAUAAUGAUGAAUACAAAUUUGUGCAUAUCUGAUAAUUUAAAUGUUUAUGUCCAUAUAUAUAUAUAUAUAUAUAUAUAUAUAAGUGUUUCCCAAAGAAUGUAUACACUAAUGUAUUUUGCAAAAUUAAACUUUUUAAUUUUAAAAAAAUCAUUCAAAUAUAAAAUAUAAUUAAAAACAAUUCUACAAGAUGUUAAAAAAGAAAUAAAAUUAGUUACAUGAUAGUUGGUCUCCAAAAACUUCCUUCCAUCGCUCUCAUGUCAUAUAUUUGUUCCUAGUCCACUUAAAUUUCUUCUAAUAAUUUCUUGAGACUAUCCUUCUAUUUUGUCUGCUAUCAUCCGUUGGUGUUUUUCCUCUCACUAUUUAUGUCAUUGUGCCUUUCAACAUACUUCUAUUGGUCCACCGUAUAUGACCUUGCCCAUUCUAGCCUUGUCCCUCUGAUGAAUUAGACCAAAUCUUUUCUUUUGUAUAGCUGAACAUUAGCUCUUCUUUCCUAUUUCUGUUCCACAUUGUUGAAUAUGGGUCUAUAAGUCUUUAUAAGAACUUUUCUCUCAAAUGGACAUAAUUUUUCAUUAUCACUUCUUGUUGUUCUUGUGACCCAUAUGUCAAUACAGGUUGGCUAAAACUUAUAUUUAUACAUAUUCUUUAAUUCUUGUUUUUCUUGACAAUAACUUGGACUUGAAGAGGGUUUUAAGUGCAUAAAGGUAGCACUCAAUCUGAUAUUGAUUUCUCCAUGCAUGUUAUUUUGGUUAUUCAAGGUAGUUUUGAAGUACUUGAAUUCUUGUACUUGUUCACAGAUGUUAUUUCCUACGUGGAGGUUAUUAUGAUCGCCCCUUCCUUGUUUUACCAUGAUGCAUUUAGUUUUUCUGCUGUUAAUUUCCAAGCCAAUACCUUUCCCCAUCUUUAUCAGUUCUUCAACAGUACUAUUUUAUUAAUUGGAACAGCUUUAAUAGUUAUAUCAUAGAUAACACUUUAAUUUAUUUAUUUAUUAUUGUAGAUACUUCAUUAAAGUAUUUUUUAUUUUUUAUUUCAGUGUCAAUUGAUGUCAGUGAUGCAAUAGAAGUAUUGUCUCGCUUACAGUUACCCAUCAUAUCUGAUUGUUAUGUAGAAAAAGUAACAAAUAGUCAAUAUACUUACUAUACAUUUCCUGAAACCUAUGAAUCAAUAGUAAUGCCAGAUAUUGAUUUUCCAUCUAUUAUAAAUGAGUCUUGUGAGUUAUUAAAUAUGUAUUUACAACCAUCAUCAGGGCAUAUAAAUUGGGAUCAGUUUGUUAGUGAUGAUACAUGCUAUAUAAAUCCUAAAACAUUAAGUUGUCUACUCAAUUGUUAUAUUCAAAAUGGCAUAAAAGAUAUGCAAGAAUUUAUAAUCAGGAAAAAUGCUUUGACUGCUAUCCGGUUAUUUUUCUUAGCAUCUACAUUCAAGGAUAGCAAAAAUAUUGGAUUUUAUCAUUUCAACAUACUCACUAAAUGCUUAGAAUUGAUUAAAUCGUGCGUCAUGUUAUUGCAUAAUACUGGAAGUAUGUUUAAUAGUGAUAUACAAUUAAAUGAAGAUGAAAAAAAUGAUUUGAUGACUGAUUUAUUGUCUAUCAUUAGAGAUCUGAGAGUUAUGGUCAAGCGAUUUAAAUUGUUUGACGAAAUUGGCACUAUAGAUUUAAUUGUUGAUAUAAUGAUAGAUGUGACACGUUUGGAACGAACUUCUGGUAAUAUUUUGGAACAAACGCCUACUGAACGUUUAAGCUUCAGCACAUUAGCAUUUAAUGCAUACUCAGUUUUGAUGGAUAUGUUUAAUGAUAAUUGUGGAUCAACAUUUGAUAUAGGCCAGAAACUUAUGUAUUGUAUAAUGCCAGGUUUAUUGGUCGAUGCGCAACGUGAAAUGCACUUGAGUACCAAGCAAUUUAAUGUCAUCCGUGACCACCAUUUAUCAUUUAUUCGUAAACUUACAAAAAAAUUGGGAGUAUCGUUUGAGUGUCUAUUAGAAAUACUUUUACAGAAUUUGUUAUUCAGAGGACCUGAUCGUAGUGAAUUAAAACAACGCCAAUUGCAGAUCAUAUUAGAAGUUUGGAGAUUAUGUCCUAAUAAUGUCCGAAUCAAAAUAAAAUUUUUUUUUUUUCGUUUGGUAUAUACAAUAGAUUCUAAAAUACGUAUAUUUGCAUUGGAAGUUCUGUUUAAAUUACUCUCAGAACCUGAAGAAAUUGAACCUGAUGACCCACAAUUACUAUCAUUAAUGCCAGCAACAAAACAUGAAUUCAUUGUAGCCGUCAUUCUUUCUAAAUUUCAAGAUCCAUUAUUAACUGUUCGUGCUAAAGCAAUUUCAUUAUUUGGUACAUUAACAGCUACUCCACCAACUUCAACUGCAUAUCAACAUACUUUGGCAAAACGCGUACUUGUCGAUCCUUACCUUAAUGUAGAGAGUUUAGAUCAAACAUUGUUUUGUCAAAGAGAUUUUAUUGAUUUUCACCAAUAUGCAGAAAAUAAUAUGAAAAAUUUUGAUCCGAUUAAUAUCAGUAAUUCUCAAAUUUAUCCUGGGGUUAAAACAAUAUUAUGGGUUUUAAAUGUGCAUGCCCGUGAUGAACGGGCUUAUAUUCGUCGUUUAAGUCUUACACUUUUGUGUAAUUUAUUACUUAUAAAUAAAAAAUUAAUGGAAAGGUAUUAUUUGUCAUUAUUGCAAAUCAGUUGUUCAGACUGUACAAUGACUAUUAGAAAAGUAGUAGUUUCUGGGCUGACAGAUUUGAUAUUAAAAUAUCCAGACAAUCAAAAUGUGUUAAAAUAUUGGUUUAAUUCAUUAAUUCAUUUAGUAGGUGAUCGUGACAAAAGAAUUCAAGAGUUGACUGUUGAGUGUAUGGAUCGAGUUAUUUUAAAAAAUAUUAAACCAUAUUCUACCAAGUUAACUGAUAAUAAUGAUCCAUUAGAUUAUUUACCGUGGCUUGUUUUAGACAAUGUUUUUAAUGAAAAUGUAGGAUUGUAUAUGCAGUGUUUAUGUGAAAAAUGGCACAAUUAUGGAUUUCUCACAGAUAAAUUAAUUAAAGACAUUAUGACAUAUGUAGAUUUGCCGAAUCAUGAUUGGAAUUUGCAUAGUUUAUAUUUAUUACAAUUAAUUUCUCAACAAAUGACUAUUACAGACUUGUCAUCUUUUAUUAAAUAUACGGACAGGCAUUGUGAUACUUGGUUUUCAGAAGAAGCUUUAUCCGAUCAAAAUAAUUUGCUAACAUGUGCACAGAUGAUUAUUGAUAUCUUAUUUUUAAAUUACACAAGAUUGGGCAAAAAAAGAAGUCAACAAUUGUUUGAUAAAAUCGAAAGCCUUUUAUUUAAUUUCAAAGUACCCGUUCGUCUCAUAUCCAAAUCUUUAGAUUUGUACACAGUGUUACAAUCUGAUAAUCCUGAUAAACAAAAUACAAAUUUAAAAAAUUUGUUUCAAAUAACUAGUAAGAGUAUUGAAACAUUUAAAAAUUCAAAUAAUGAUACAAUUCGAAUUGUAAAUCAAAUAUAUACACUUGGUGAUGUGGGUUUAGUACAAAAUUUAAAAAUUAAACAUACAUUUCACCAAUAUUUGCUGGAUAUGUUGAAUAUAAAGAAUAAUAACAUCUCCCAAGGUAUUAAAGCAAUUUUGAUAUUAACAAUUGGUAAAUUAAGCAUUGUUGAUGAACAACUAGCUAAAGAAGCAAUAACUUCUUUUGGAAAAAUAUUAAAAGAUACAUCAUGCCAUUCAUCAUUAAAAAUAAAUGCACUUACUGCAUUGGCUGAUUUAUGUUUACGUUGUACAACUCUAGUAGAACAAGCAAUUCCAGAAAUGUGUGUUUGUUUGAAAGAUAAUAGUUUAUCUGUUAAGCGGGUAGCAUUAAAACUUCUUACUGGCCUAAUACUUGAAGAUUAUAUAAAACUAAGAGAUGUUGCUUUCUUUGCUUUAUUAUGCAUGCUUGAGGAUUCUGAUUGUCAUGUGCGCCAAGAAACUUCGUCAUUUAUUGUUAACUAUUUGCUAAUUAAAAACAAAAAUAUCAUGGAAAGAAAAUUAAUUGAAGUAAUAUUUCAUUUCAAUGGUUAUACAGGUGGUCGGUAUAGUGGCAUAAAAAAUUGUUUUACCACCUCUGAGCUAAAAGCAUUUUUUUCAAUGGAAGGUGACUCAAAGAAAGUAUCACGUCAUUGUGUUUAUAAAUUUAUGUUAACACAUAUGUUUGACGAUAGUAAAUUGAAACUUAUGGUUAAAAUAUUCAAUAUUUUUGAACAAAUUGUAAAUGAUGUUAAUGAAACAAAAUAUGAUGAUGUCAUAGAGUGUGCCAUACAAGUAAUGAAAGAUGCAUUUUGGAUUUUGAAAGCCAAAGAAAUGGCCCUCACUUCUGGAAAACCACGAGAUAGCAAUAAUGAUGAUGAUCCAGGAACAUUAGAAAAAGUGACCGACAUAGCUAAAAAUGAAGUAGUUAUAAAUACAUACAAAAUGGUGAUGGCUGACUACAUAAUACCAAGUGUAAUAAAAUUAAAAGAUGAAUUGCAGAAAAGUAAAAAAGGUUUAGCAACUGUAAUGAAUGAUUUGCGCUCAUAUUUAUCUGUACUGACUUCAGGUAAAUCUCCAAUAAAGAAUGAAAUUGUCAAAUUAUUAUCUGAUAAUGGUGAAGAACUAAUUAGUGAAAUUUUACUUGAUAAUAAGCAAAUGAAACAGCAUAAACAAAAAAUAGAAAAUGACACUAAUUUAGAUUCAGAAGAUGAUGAUGAAGAUUACAGACCAAUUCAUUUUAUAGAAGAAUUACAGUUUGCAACUUGGGCACAAUUAAUGGAAAUACACGAUAGAGUUGAAGAGCCAAAUUUGGAUAAAUCAAGGCAAUCACAAAUGCAAAAGGAACUUGAAAAUAAUUUAUCAAGAAUUUCUAUUGCAGAAAACAAUGUGCAAGAUGUACCAACGACCAUUACAAGUCAGCAAAUAGAUGAAGAGAUACAACCAAUUAAGAGAGGUAAAAAAAAAAGUUCUACUGGGAAAUGUAAAAGAUUAAAAAUGAUUGGUAAUAAUAAAAAUACACAAUUUGAUAACAGUCAGCGGCUUUCCAAUGGAAAUUCCUUAGUAAAUAAAACUAAAGAUGAUGAUGUUUCUGAUGAUAAAUUUGAACUAUUACAAAUUACUAAAAAUAAUAAAAAAUCACCAUUAGAUAGCCAUCAGCAAAACCCCACUAAAGAUGACGGUAAUUUUAAUGAAAAAUGUAAACAAUUGAUAAUUAAUGAAAAUAAUGAUGAAGCACAACAAGGUAGCAGUCAAGUAUCCAGUAGAAAGUCCCCAGUAAAUAAAACUGAAGAUGAGGAUGAUUUACCAGGCUAUACAUUUUUCACGUAG